AUGCAUCGCCUCUUUUUCACAAGCCUCGUUCUGUCAUCCACGCUCAGAGCCAAUGCAGCGCCAGUCACCAGCGCCGACUCUAGUUGUCUGCCUGUUGUAGACUUGGGAUAUGAACUGCAUCAAGCCCUCUCCUACAACAAGACGACGCAAGCUUAUCUCUUCCAAAACAUUAGAUAUGCUCAGCCUCCCGUGGGCGACCUUCGAUUCCGAGCCCCAGCACAUCCAAAGACGAACCGAACUGCCGUACAAACCGGCUCCGAGUUGCGAUUCUGCCCACAGGGCAUCCCGCCUUGGCAGAAUAACGCAUUUGAUCCCAUCGGCAAAUACUCGAAUCCAGCCAAUGCGUUCACUAUUCAGGCUUGGGAGGAGAGCAUCAAGGAUGGUCAGCCUCUUCCAGUUGAUUGGAAUGUGGGCGCUCAAGAAGAUUGUCUUUUCCUCGAUGUCCACGCUACCAAAGGAGCCUUUGAGCAGGCGAGUUCAAAAUCGAAAUCGUGUGGAGAUGGAGGAGCUCCUGUACUUGUAUGGAUUCACGGUGGCGGAUACGCUCUCGGCUCCAAGGCUGGAACACCAACUCCCGGCUACGACCCAGUUGGCCUCUUUGAGCAUGCUGCUGCAAAUUCUGAUCAGGGCCUCGUCUUCGUCAGCCUCAAUUAUCGUCUCGGCGCCCUGGGAUUCAUGUCCGGCUCCGAAAUUGAAAGGAAUGGAGAUCUGAACGCAGGCCUUCUCGAUCAAAAGCUUGCCCUGCAGUGGGUUCAGGACAACAUCCACCUCUUUGGAGGCUCCAAAGAGCGCGUCACCCUCAUGGGAGAGUCUGCAGGUGGAGGCUCAGUCUUGUUCCAUAUGACUGCAAACCACGGCAAGGGCUCCGGUCUGUUCUCUCAAGCAAUCCCGCAAAGCCCGGCUACGAUCCCGACUAUGCAAGUUGUUGACGACGGCUAUCGCCACUUCUUGUCGUAUCUUAACGUGAGUAGCUUGGAAGAAGCCCGGGCUGCUGAUACGAAAGCCGUAAUUGCGGCCAAUGCUGCACAAAUUGGGGCCGCUCCAACCACCACCUACAUCUUUGGCCCUGUGGUCGACGGCAGCUACAUUACCGGUUCCCCCAGCAAGCUCAUCAAGGAUGGAGCAUUCGAUAAAUCGGUCAAAAUCAUGGCUGGCCACAACAUGUUUGAAGGCGCAUUCUUCUUCGAUCCCAAUGUCACCACCAAUGACGAGUUCGCCACCUGGAUCAGUCGAUCAUUCGGCCUCACGAGCAAGGAUGUCGCUCAUCUGGCCACUGCGCUGUAUCCUCCACAGUAUGACGGAUCUCUGGGGUACGUCGACAUGGAUACGCGGCAAAUGAAGCUCUGGGGAGAGGCUGUUAUUGACUGCAACUAUUAUUGGAUUGGGCAAGGCGUCCGUGACAAGGGUUAUGUUUACGAAUUUGGCGUCUCUCCAGGAUUCCAUAUCCAGGAUCUCAAGUACACCUUCAACGAUCCUGCGUCGCCAGCGCCGUGGCCCAAGGCUCAGGAUGCCCUGCAGGAAGCGAUUGUUACUUUUGUGCAGGGGGGUGUCCCCAAGUUUACUAACCACAAGGCAUUUCCGCAUCUUGGGCCGCAUGGGACUAUUGUCAAUAUCACCUCUCAGGGGGCCGUGGAGACGACCAGGAAUGUGAAUGCCACGAGGUGUGAGUGGUGGGCAAAUCUUGCUGUGUAG